AUGGGAUCCUGGGCUUUGGGUGCUCAGCAGGCGAUGCAGCUCCUGCUCUCGGCCAUGGUGACGUCGGUGCGGGUCGAAGUGGAGGGCAUCGGUGCGUCCUCGGUGGAGCACGACAACAUCGGCGUGGAGAGGCUCGUCAUGGCCGAGACAGGGUCAGGGCUUGGCGUGGCCGCGGCCGAGGAUGAGGCGCGGAGCAGAGGCUCGAGGUGGACGUCGACGAGGUGGUGCAGCUGCGUGGACGUUGCGGGGUCCUCGGGCUCGGCCUACGGUGGUUGUCGCGGACGCGUUCGUGGAGACGCGGCCACAGACGACGUCGAGGACAAACGCGAACGCAGGGGCGAGAGGGUGCUCGCGGACGAGAGGCAGACGCGCGGUGGCAGACAGGCUCGGCGCGGUCAUGAGCGUCGAGCGACAUGGCGAGGCCGGUGUCAUGGCCACACAUGUCGACCCGACGCAGGCUUGGGCGAGGAGACAGAGGACGGCGCCUCGGGCUCGGCCUCAGGUCCGGGACAGCGCUCGUCGGGCGACCGGGGAGCAUGGCGUCGCGGGCGGCGCCGCGGCUCCGGCUUGGCGUGCUCUCCGGCGAGAUGCGGGGCACGGCAAGGUGGAGUAGGGGCUUGCGGUGGCAAGGCAACUGGUGGUGCGGCCGUGGUGAAGGAGGGUGCAGCGAAGGCGGAGGUGCCGUCCAUCCUCGACGUCCGUGCCAGGGAGAGGGACACGCGGCGCGAAUCACGGGCACCUGAGCCAAGGGGCGCGGUCGGGACGCGGGUGCAGGGGCGCUGGCGUGCAAGCGGCGGCGGCGCCUGGGAGCGUCUGCUCGCUAGGGUUCUCCAGGGCGGCUUGGGCCAGCUGGGCAAGGAGAGAGGGGGGCUCGAUUGGGCUCCUGCCGCUGGCUGGGCCGGUGCAGAGAGAAGGGGAAGGGAGUGCUGGGCCGGGCAUGCUGCUUGCGUGGGCCAGAGAGGAUGGGGUGACGGGUUGGGCCUCCAGCGCAAGUGGGAGAGGUCGGCUGGGAGAACAAACAGUGGUGGGAAGGUGAGGAUCCAGACAUCCAAGUCCAUUGCGACACCCUUGAUCACCCUGAGGAAGGCGAUGCUUUGUGGCAACAAAAGGUGCAUUGAUCCUCAACUGACCGACUUCAUCGAGAUUGAGCUUCUUCAGGAGCAGUCUUACCCAGGCCCAACAAGAAUAAUUGGGCCCAUAUGUCAUGGUACAGUUGGCCCACUUUGCGAACCAGAUUUUCCUUUUUUGGCGCCUGCAAGGAAAGCACAAAUUUCCACAUACUGCCAAGUGGGUCCAUGGUCUAUCUGUCACGCCUCUACCCGCCGGGCUGCCUCCUCGGAGCGACACAACGACCGCCAAUCUCUCUCGCACUCGUCGUACGUCCUCAAGACGCUAGGCCAGAGCCAGACCGGAGCUGAAGCAGAGCGGAGGUCUCAUUGCCCGGGCAUCCAAUCCAGCUCCAAGCCUUCAGUUAUGGACAGGGUGACUGUGGAAUCAAGCCGUAUAGAACGGUGGCAGCUCAGACCCGGCGAUCAUAUCUACGUCUGGCGCAAAAUAAGUGACCAUACACGUAUCUAUUCCCAUCAUGGAAUCUACGAAAGCGACGAGAAGGUCAUCCAUCUGUCCUCCAUACCUGGUGGUGGAAGCUGCCCCAGGUGCCGUGGAGCUGAGCGUCGAGGCGACGUCGUCGUCUGCUGCCUUGACUGCUUCCUGCGAGGGGGUGAACUUUGCCUCUUCGCCUACGCUGUGCCCAAGUGUGACCAUACACGUAUCUAUUCCCAUCAUGGAAUCUACGAAAGCGACGAGAAGGUCAUCCAUCUGUCCUCCAUACCUGGUGGUGGAAGCUGCCCCAGGUGCCGUGGAGCUGAGCGUCGAGGCGACGUCGUCGUCUGCUGCCUUGACUGCUUCCUGCGAGGGGGUGAACUUUGCCUCUUCGCCUACGCUGUGCCCAAGUGGUUCUAUGACGAGCGCAAUACUCCUAAAAAGGGAGACGUUCUUGCGCCUCUUCGGCAGCUCACCUGCUCCAUGGAUGCUGAAGACCCCCCCGAGACGGUCUUGGGCCGCGCCAAAGACCUGCUCACCAAGGGCCGCGUCUACCUCCUUGUGCACAAUAACUGCUUCCACUUUGCCUUUUACUGCAAGACAGGACGCCAAUAUUUUGGUCCAGUCGCUUUGGUAGUGGACACUUCGGCGGCUGCUAUUAUGGGGCAGAAACGUGUUGGCGUGCCAUCAGACGAUGGGCCACACUUGGACCGCCGAAACGGCACGGCCAGAGUCGUACCUCCACCUCCAGCUCCAGCUCGACGGCGCAGGUCACGCGAAUGGUCACUUCCACAGCCAAGCUUCAGGACAAUAGCGGCGCUAGGGGCGGGGCUGGCGCUCGUCGCCGUACUGCCGGAAUUGGCCCCUGUUGUGCCGGAAUUGGCCCCUUUUGCCAUAUUAUAA